CGCACCUGUAAGCGGAGCCGAGCAGGGCUGGGCCCCUACUAGUAAAGGGAAAACGGAAGUCAUUCAGUUUACUGAAAAAAGAAGUCUCUCAUAAUCUCGUAUUUUAUACUAAUCACAGUGGCUAUCUUUCUUCAAGUGAGAGAUCGGAUCGAGAAACCAUCCCCCAAAGGGUGCUGCUUCGGUCACCGGUGGUGUUCCAAACCGGCACUAGCUCUAUAAGUCUUCAAAACAACCCACUGGAUUUUCUUCUUCGUAAGGGGAGGAAGAUGAGGCUAAACAGCUAUAUUGGACUUUCGAUUUUGCGUUGUUAUUUUCACGAGGUUGUAAAUAAUCCAAUGUUCAGUGAGAUGACUUUACUACUGACUGAAUCGCUUGAAUUAGUGGAAGGAAACGAGGCUUCUGGCCCGGCUGGUCCCACUGGAGAGGAGAGUUUUGACUGCGAAAGAGGCAGGGGCGCGUCUGGUGGUAUCGUAUAUAAGAUCACGGCUGCAUUUAGGGAGCCCGAAGGGCUUCUUCAACAAGCCGGUAGUGAUCUCACUUUCGAAAGAGAGUCUCGACGUGGCGGUGUACACGUAGCUCCAUAGCGGAGCGGCUACCGGGCGACCGACCUAUCGGACCUGGUAAAAAAGCAAGUGAAAGAAGGACCAACGACGAUCCUAUCCUAAAGGAGAAGGAGGAGGAGGAGGUGGGCUAAAAGCGCCUGGUUCGAAUGAUUACGAGAUACACAAUGAGACAAAGCCUACAGGGGAGAGCACUUAGACAAUUCACUUUUUUUACAGGGAAGUCUGCUGGGAGGAAUUCCUCAGGGCGUAUUACGGUUUUUCACCGAGGGGGUGGAUCGAAGCGAUUGCAGCGAAGAAUUGAUCUGAAACGAAGCACUUCGUCUAUGGGCAUUGUAGAAAGGAUAGAAUAUGACCCUAAUCGUUCUUCUCGGAUCGCUCCAGUACGAUGGAUCGAGGGGGUGCAGCUACGCCGCCAGAGGAAAUGCAACACGAUAGAAGAGUUCGCUCCGCCGCGUAAGAUCCUCGAACCUACCACGACCACCAUCCGCGGCCUAUUUUCGUUCUCUUCCCUGCCCGGGAAGGUGGAUCAAAGAAAGGUAGCUUGCUUCUCUCCUGGACUGAUGGCGGCUUAUGUAGUGGUCGGCCUUCCUACCAGAAUGCCUCCUUGGUCGAAGAGCCAAGCCAGCGCAGGCAAGGUAUAUCCUUGCGCGAAGGACGUUUUCUUCUCUGCCCUCUCCUCUCCAAAGGCCAAGGGAGAGACUGCAUCCCUUUCCUUCGGUAGCUCUUUUGGUUUCCCAAGGAUAGCGGUAGCUGGGGCAAAGCCCGCUUUCUUCGCUCCGCGAAUGAGAGAGAAAGUAAGAGGAAAAAACACGUUCUCUCUUUGCGAGGUCCGAAAGUGGAGAACGCAUAGCAUUCUCUGGGCACAUAGGAUCAAACGUAAAGCAGCGCUUUCUUGGCAGAGUUUUAGGCGGCAAGAGACUGACGGGCUUGUUGGAGCUGCUGAGCAUAACGAAUCGAAGCCGAAGACGGAUCAAGGUAGCUUGCCUGCCAAGCCGAUAGGCGAAGGGCCGAAGGAUGGAGCGUGCAAAGUCGAUCUCACACGGGAAGAGAGGUCAAAUGGCAAGGCCAUACGCCCGUUUGGCUCCUCGCGGAGUAUAGCUCAUAUCCAACAUCUGAUUGGGGAACGGGGCAACGCCCAUGAAGCUCCGGCGGAAAGGGAAGGCCUGCCAGGCCGUAUGCCCAUGGGUGCAGGAUUCUUCGAAAAAGCGCGGGCUGACUCGGAGACCUGGGACCUUGGCUUAGCAACGAAUGAAGGAAGCUCUUCGAGCUUUCUCCGCCAGCGGCUUAUGUAGUGGUCGGCCAACUAAAGCUCGCGUUGCUUCGCUUCUCUCCCCCCUUA